CCUCCCCGGGCCUGCGGUGCAUGCAGUGUGAGGACAGCCAGAACUGCCUGGUGAAGGAGUGUGCCCUGGGCCAGGAUCUUUGCAGGACCACUGUGCUUCAUGAAUGGGAAGAUGAUAACGAACUGGAGUUGGAGAUGAGAGACUGCGCCCAUUAUGAGAAAACCAACAGGACCAUGAGCUAUCGCGUGAACUCAAAGAUCAUCAGCCUGGCCGAGGUCGUGUGUGCCACAGACGUCUGCAACAGGCCGAGGCCUGGAGCCCGAGGGGUUGCCUUUCCCCGGGGCCGUUACCUGGAGUGCAUGUCCUGCAGCUCCUUGGAUCAGAGCUGUGAGAGGGGCCGGGAGCAGAUUCUAAAUCUUCGGGACUUACCACCGAAUGGCGUCCAGUGUUACAGCUGCGAGGGCAACAGCACCCACGGGUGUUCCUCCAAAGAGACUUCCCUCGUUGACUGCCGGGGACCGAUGGAUCAGUGCCUGGAGGCCAC